CUCAGCGCAAAUGAGGGACUGUGAUAAAAAACUAAAUUGGAGAAAGGCAUCAACCAGCCCUGGUCUCCCCUAUUCAUUACUUUCCACCUCUGCAGGAGACAAAUCAGCAUGUGUCCGUUUGUGUGUGUGUGAUAGAGAUUCAGUGCCUCAGUUGUCUUUCAUCAUCAAUUUCCUUUUGUCUGGUUUGGAAUAUAUCCAGAGAGAAUGGAAAAGAAUAGAGUUGGGUGGGUGUAGCUUUCACCCCCCCACUCCCCCUCUCUCUCAGCCAGCGCGUGCCUCUUGGUCGGAGCCGCAGCAGCAGUUUGUGCUCAAACAAGAGCGCACACCGGACGCGCGGGCUCACAUACAGAACGGGCUGCACGGGACUCUUCCUCAGCACCACCAUCAUCAUCCUCCUCCUCCUCCUCCUCCUCGGUGGAUGGAGGGAUGGUAGCAGGAGAGCUUCAUCAUCACCGUGCAUCACCGUCAUCAUCACCACCAACAUCAUCGCCGGGAGCGGAGGGAGAGAGGAGCAGCCGCUCUCACUGGGCUAAAAAGUUAAGGAGGAUCAUAGGGUUUAAAAACGGAGCACCGGAGGGGCUCGUGCCCGGCUUUAACCCGGGAUAAUCCGCCUGACACGGCUGAUUUCUACUUUGGACUCCAUGGGAACGGAUCCGGUGCUUCUGAGGGGAUUUAUUGUGUAUUUAACGGAUCACUCUCGGCGCUUUCAAGGAUCGGUUUCCAAAAGGUCCCCGGUACUGAAACUGAUCCCCGGUGUGUUUUAACGAAUCUCUGACGUUACAAAGGGAUCCACAGUUUGUAUUUUAACGGGUUCCCGGUUUUGAAAUCAGUCACUUGAACUGAUCUCUGACAUUUAGUUGUAACAGUGGUUAAACGGAUCCAUGACGGAUUUCUGACGGUCAGGCGCCAACUCCGGUCAUUUCCACAACGGAUUUCUCUGUGUUUAAACUGACGUCUGAGGUGUUUUAACCGAUUUCUGACGUUAGUGUAACGGAUCCCCGGACAGUCCCGGGUGGACUUGACGGUGUACUAACCGACUGUAACCUCAGCAUAUAAUAAAGAACAAGAAUAAACGCAGGUGAAAAGCAGGCGCUCAUCGCCGAGUUCAGAGGAAAAUAACGGGGUUUAACGGGAAAAGCGCGCUUCUUCUCAGCACUGAAGUAAGUCUGCCCAAUAACGGGCCACCACCGGGGAGGUUCCCCAGAACCCGAGGAACCGACCGCCGGUAGAAACGGAACCCGGCGCUCUUCGAUUCCCAACGGGGGCGAGAGAAGAGAAGUUACCGGAGGACCGGAGGAGUUGAUCCGGAUCAGGCUAAAUUCUCACGGACUGUUGAUGAUCGGACAACUGUCGUCAUUACUAGCAGAGUGACCUCAUUAGGGGACAGGAUUGAUUGUGAACGGAUAAAAAAAAAAAACCACGCCUGCUCUUCCUCAGAUUGGAAUCCUUAAUCCGGGGUAUCAAUCAUUUGCAAUCUUUUUUUUUUUUUUCAUACAUCAGCCUCGUGAGCUGUAACGCGGGGAUCGUUUAGACCCCGUGGAGGACCCGAGUGAAUUACCUCCUCCACGGUGAAAUAACUCCACAUGCUGGCUGUAAAUUAUCCACUUAACCCCCUCAAGAGAGAAAAAGGGAGAGAGACAUAUAGACAGACUGCAGUGAGAGAGUUAUUCCCUUUAUUAAACGCCACCUUUUUGGUGAUGAACUACAAGCUUUUAAAACGGCAGUGAAAUCUCAUUUAACUUUAAAUCUGCCAAACAGAGAGGCAUACAGAGAUGGGCUACUUAAUCUUCGAAUCUAAAUCAAAUUUAUCAUCCCUGUAAUAUUUUUACAGGGCCAUUUAGAAAAUUCAUCAUUACAAGACAAUACAUGUCUUUGUUUUAGCGAAAAUCUGUGGGACAAAAUUAGGAAAAUGCGGUGACUUUUUGACAUAGCUUAACUCCAACAAACUGUGCCAAAACAUAUACAUAAUAUUGAAUGUUUAUUGUUAUAAAAUAUAAUGUAAAAUAUUGGCUGAUUAUUUGUUGACCUCGUUUUGAGGUUAAAAACAAAGAGUCAAAUGUAAAACUGAAAUGUAAUCAUAAUAAUCUUAUACCAGUGCAUCUGUGGCUUCUAAUACUGACCUUAAUGUUCUGUAAGGUUUUUCAUCUCCCACUGUGUCAUAAUAAUAAUACCAUAAUUGUCCGAUAGGGGUUUAUUUAUGCUUCAUUGCAAGUCUGGAAGAGCUUUAACUCAAAAGAAAUUAACUUUAUAACAACCUGGGGACAAUAACCCCCCGCUUUAAAUCUCCUGUGGUAGUUUUAGCUGUGCUUUAGAAUCUUCACUUGGACUCGUGUAGAUCAAGUGACCGUUUCUGAAGUUCAAGAUGAGGCUUGAAGUGAUUUUAAUGCACACUCUGUGAGCAAAUCCAGCUAAAUUGUGAUUUCAGCUGAUUUCCCAACACACAGGGUCUUAACGAGGCUUUUUUUUUCAGCCUAACACAUUAAUCUGUGGUGGUUUAGAGUUUAAUUUACAGCUGAUUUCCAGUGAAAGUCUAUGGAUGGUACGCUCACUGUAUAGCCACAUCCUCAACAGCAUUCCUCCUCCUCCUCCUCCUCCUCCCCCUCAGCCUCCUAGAACUUGAAAUGUAGCCAUGCAGCAUUGAUUUUUUUUUCCACACCGCAAAACCAAAACGCACACGACCAUCUAAUCCUUUCUGGUGUGUCAGUUCUGUUGCCUGAAAUGUAAGACGUGCCGCGGUGUUGAUUUUCCAGCUCCAGUCAGAGCUGAAGGACAUUCAUACCGGUCCAGCAGCAGCGAGGUCAGAGUUCAGGUUUGCAGAAAUAUAACUGCUGGAGUUUUAGAACUGGAGGAGUGAAAGCCUGAUACUGGAAUCUUGGGGAAGAUCAAAACACACGGACGGUCAUUUUCCACAUUAAAUCAUCUGUAAACAAGCUGGAAUCUGCCCUGAGCAUAAAUGAAUAUUUUUCUCAGUCAGAACCCGUUUUUGACCCUAAACCUUGAGGACAAUUCUUUGCCAUCAGAGUGACACUUUUAGCUAAAUGGGACUUAACGACAGCAGCCCGGGCGCCAUGCGGAAUGGCCGAGCCCUCUCGGACCAGUGGGCAGAGUCAGUGGUGGUCCGGCCUCGAACCACAGAGCGCCACAUCACGGUACACAAACGACUGGUGCUGGGCUUUGCGCUGUCCAUCCUCACCCUCAUCAUAGUCACGGCGGUGGCUGUGGCGCUCAGCAUCCGCUUCGAGGAGUGUGGCGGACGAGAUCGUGACGGAGCGACGGGGGAGUCCGGUUCUCGAGGCAGCGGAGGGUCAUCAAAGUUGAAUGGAAGCAGAGGAGAGAGGGCGGGGGAGAGGGGAGAUGAGGAGGCGGUCCAGCCAUGGAGGAACUCGCGGUUGCCGGGUUCAGUGAGGCCGCGGCACUACGACCUGCGGCUCGCAGUCUACAUGGACAACUUCACCUUCUCUGGAGAGGUCAGCAUCGAGCUGGAGUGCAUCAACGCCACCCGAUUCAUCGUGCUGCACGUUGACCGCCUUGAGGUGGACCGAGUGUCCGUAACAGCCGAGGGAGGCACCGGUGGUCGUCCCGUCAACAGGCCCGGUGGUGGAGCCAUGCGCAUCCACCGCCACUUCCCCUACCCGGCCAAUCAGAUGUACGUCGUGGUGCUGCACCGCGAGCUGAAGCCAAUGAGAGUUUACCGCCUGAACGUGAGCUUCGACGCCGCCAUCGAGGAUGAGCUGCUGGGCUUCUUCAGGAGCUCGUACACCCUGCAGAGAGAGAGACGAUACCUGGCGGUGACUCAGUUCAGUCCGAUCCACGCCCGGAAGGCCUUCCCCUGCUUCGACGAGCCCGUCUACAAGGCCACGUUCUCCCUCACCCUCCGCCACGACCCGCAGUACACCUCGCUCGCCAACAUGCCCGUCGAGAGCAGCUCGCUGUCGGACGAAGACGGCUGGCUGACCAAUCGCUUCGCCCGCACGCCGCGCAUGUCCACGUACUACCUGGCCUGGGCCGUCUGUAACUUCACCUACAGAGAGACGCAGACCGACAACGGCGUGACGAUCCGUCUGUACGCUCGGCCGGAUGCGAUUUCUAGUGGAGCAGGGGACUAUGCCCUCCACAUCACCAAGAGGCUUCUUGGAUUUUACCAGGACUACUUUAAAGUUCAGUACUCCCUGCCCAAGCUAGACUUGUUGGCUGUGCCCAAACAUCCCUACGCCGCCAUGGAGAACUGGGGGCUGAGCGUCUUCGUGGAGCAGAAGAUCCUGUUGGACGCUGAGGUGUCGUCGUCAUCCUAUCAGAUGGAGCUGACCAUGGUCGUCGUCCACGAAAUCUGCCACCAGUGGUUUGGUGAUCUGGUGACUCCAGUCUGGUGGGAAGACGUCUGGUUAAAAGAAGGUUUUGCUCAUUUCUUCGAAUACGUUGGCACCGACUUCCUCUUCCCAAAGUGGAACAUGGAGAAGCAACGCUUCCUGACUGACGUUCUCCAUGAGGUAAUGCUAUUGGAUGGCCUAAACUCCUCCCACCCGAUCUCCCAGGAAGUGGAGCAGGCGACGGAUAUUGACAGAGUCUUCGAUUGGAUAGCAUACAAAAAAGGAGCGGCGUUGAUCCGGAUGCUGGCUAACGUGAUGGGACAGCCGCUGUUCCAGAAAGGACUCAAUGAUUAUCUGCUGAGUCACAUGUACAGCAACGCAGCCAGAGACGACCUGUGGAGCAAACUGUCUCAGGCCAUGCGUUCAGAGGGGCGGGACAUUAACAUCGGAGAGAUGAUGGACAGGUGGACUCUACAAAUGGGCUAUCCCGUUGUUACCAUCAGCAAAAACCAAUCAGAGCAGCUCCCCACUCAUUACAUAACUAUCAACCAGGAGCACUUCCUGUACGGGCAGGAAGGCAGGAACAACAACAGUUUACAGUGGCAGGUGCCAUUGACGGUCGCUGUGGGAAAUGCAUCCAUGGUUUGUUCAGAGAGUCUCAUCUGGAUCAACAACAAGACAGAAACCCACAGGGCUGGUCAGAUGGAUGACAAAACCUGGUUGCUAGGCAACAUCAACCAGACAGGCUACUUUCGUGUGAACUAUGACCUUCAGAACUGGAAACUGCUGAUUCAACAGCUCCACACCAAUCCUCAAAUCAUCUCCGUUGGAAACAGGGCGGGACUUAUUGAUGAUGCCUUCAACCUGGCCAGGGCUGGGUACAUCCCACAGGGUGUUCCUUUGCAGCUGAUUGGCUAUCUGCCGGAGGAGACGUCCUUCCUGCCAUGGCACGCUGCCAGCCGAUCGCUCUACCAGCUGGACAAACUGCUAGACCGCACAGAAGAAUACAGCCUGUUCAGUGACUAUGUGCUGAAGCAGGUGGCAUCACGGUAUCAUCAGAUGGGUUGGCCAACAAACGGCCCCGGCAAUGAGGGCAAUGUCCUGCAGGCGUCCUACCAGACUGAGGAGUUACAGAGGGAGCUCAUCAUGUUAGCUUGUAGCUUCGGGAACAAACAGUGCCACCGUCAGGCCGUCGCCUACAUCUCCGACUGGAUCUCCAGCAACAAGAACAGGAUUCCUCCCAACAUCAGAGACAUAGUUUACUGCACUGGGGUCAGUCUGAUGGACGAGGACGUGUGGGAGUUCAUCUGGAUGAAGUUUCACUCGACCAACGCCGUUUCAGAGAAGAAGAUCCUGCUGGAGGCUCUGACAUGCUCAGACAACAUCUUCCUCCUCAACAGGUUACUGAACCUUUCUUUGACCUCUGACCUGGUUCCAGAGCAGGAUGUGAUUGAUGUCAUCAUCCACGUGGGCAGAAACCCGCAGGGUCGAAACCUUGCCUGGAAAUACUUCAGGGAAAAGUGGGACAUCCUCAAUGCACGUUAUGGUGAAGCGUUGUUCAUGAACUCAAAGCUCAUCAGUGGAGUCACAGAGUUCCUGAACACUGACAGAGAACUCAAUGAGUUAAAGGAGUUCAUCCAGUCCAGCAGCAUGGGUGCAGGGCCUGCGUUGCCGCGGGCGCUGGAGAUCGUUGAAAGCAACGUGCGCUGGCACCGCCUCCACCGGCGGCAGUUCUACCAGUGGCUGCGCAAACCUCCGAACUCCGCCCAUGGCUAACGCUACACCAGUUAGCUAGAGUGAACUGACUGCUAAGUUAAUGCUAAUGCUCUGCUAGCUGACUGAUGCAGUCAGAAUAGGAAAAAUGACAGAAUGAAGAGAAAGACUGACUUAUUCAGCUGGUUUUGCUUUUAAAGAAAUCUGUUUUCAAACUUUAUUUCUGAUAGAUUAUUUGUUUGGAUGAGAUAUUACAGCAGUAGGUAAUGGUGGGUGCGGCUGCUUAUCGACUUCAAAACUAGGUUUUCAGGAAGUUUUCUGUAAACUACAAAAUAACCUUAAUACAUUAUCCAAACAUAAUGAAAAUGCUGUGGAACCCUCCUGACUUACAUGAUAUACUGAAAGGUAGACAUACGACAUGUGUUGUGAUGCAACUUGGCAUUAAGUUACAUGUAUGGUCAGGUGACACAGAUGUUGACAGUGUCUCAUCACCCCUGCAAGGCAGUUAGCAAUCCUGUCUUCUUGACAGCUUUUCAUGUCUGAGCUAAAGGUCCUCACAGGUCUGAAUAUCAGAACCUGAACUGAACAGGAACUGUGACUGUCUAAUUUGAACCUAUAAUUGAUAUCAGCUGAAACAAAUCAGGGAAAACAUCCAAAACAUAAAACUCUUAAAAGUACAAUCUCUAACACAAGGAAGACAUUUCAUGUCUGUAAUUUCCUGCAUUUUUGGUGGGCUGACUUACGAGGAAGCCUGCACCCAUCUCAGCUCAAAUCCAAAUUCCUCACUAACCAGAGACCCAGAACAGUUUAAAUCAGACCUUCCUGUAUUCGCUACAUUAAACGGCAGAUUUCCAUCGGUGAGGUGCAUGUCGAUUAUUGAACAGAGCUGUAAUUAACACUACAUGGGUUUGGUGUCCUCUGAUCACAGCACUCAGAGGACUCAUUCACACUCAUUAACUCUCCACAACAUUUAAACUGCUGCAGCUUGAAUUUAAAAGCAGCUUUGUCUUUGUAGGAUCAAAAACAACAGCAGUUUGGAAAUGGUUUGUGAGGCUUUGUUGCAGCCUAGCUUCAGAAAUGUACUUCAAAUAUAAAAGCUUAUAAUACCUUCAAAUAUUACCUCUAAACCACAGAGAAUGCCAGAUUUGGAAGAUAAAUUUUCCACUGAAUAGCAGGGAUUGUUGUGGACCGUUUUGGGGUUUGAACCAGCAGAGCUGGAAACUAAAUCGCUUAAAGUAAAAACAAAUUAACGAGGCAAAAAAGUGUUCUGACAGGCAUGAUGGGAUAUAAUAUAUAAAAGGUGUCAUGGAGAGACUGAAUCUGAUAUCUUAUAUAUAUUUGCUAGAAGUCAGUUUGACGAACUUGGAAUAGGAACUAUGGAUAGCCCUUACAAAAACUGACCCAAGAAUUUAACAUUUGAAAGUUCCAGUUUCCAUUUUCUAGUCUCCCCUGUGAGAAGUCUAUAACUCUGUCUUCUGUGCCAUCUAUACAUUUAAGUGUUUUUUUGCCAUUAUUAAAUACAAAUGUACAAAGUGUGUCACAGUCAGAGGACACACAUAAAUUAAAAAUGAACAAUAAGUUAAAGGGAAAAUUUGGUUAUUUUUAAUGUGGAUGUCCAGUCAGUGUUGAUGGUAAAUGUAGUCCAUUGAAGCAGCAUAUUCCUCAGUGUGUGUGCUAUAUUGUUUUAAUGAGUCUUAAAAAGACAUGUAAAAUGUUUGAUUUUACAACAUACAGAAAAGCAAAAGGACAAAGAGAACAAGGGAUGUUUCUAGACAAAUAUCUUUCAGUGUUUCUUCUAAUUUUAUUCUUAGUUAUCUGCUGUUGAUUUUACUAUGGAGACAAACAAAUAGAGAAAAUAUUCAAAAAAUUACAAGCUUUCACCACCAUCAAGCUUUGUUCUUCCUCAAUUUUAAUCGUUUUCUGUUGCAUUUGUAAAUUUCAUAGUAAAUUAAGAUCGAAGAAAAGUACCGAACAGCAUAAUGUUGGGCUACUGUUGAUACGGUUUCAUUGUCAAAUGGCUAACAUGUGGUCCGUCAUCAGCAUAGACAAAGCCUUCAGCAUCAUGGGAUUACUCAAAACUACAAAUUCUGUGGAUACUGCCAUUCUAAUUUAAUUGUUGGAAUUUGUCACCCAAUAAAGUACCUAAUUUACAUUAACUUUUUUAGGAAGUGAAAUGGGUGAAAGUGAACAUAGCCUUAAACUAAAAUAAAAAAUAAUAAAUUUUAAAAAAUUCAGCCAGUGAACUUUCUCCUUAUUUCGAGACCUCGUUAAACACUAAAGUAACUCAUUUGAGGGGCUAAAUGGAUAAAGGAACUGACAGAUGGAUGAGAAUCUUUCUUUGUGGGCAACUGAAGGAGUCAGCUGGACUAUAAACACAUUAGAACUCAACAAAAACUCAACAGAUCUCAAAGCACAAAACCAGAAAGUUGUUGGAUGAAGCACUUCUGCCUUAGCUGCUGGACAGAAACUAAAGUCAUAACAAUAAACACUAACAUUUUUUUAGUAGCCAAUCAGUGGUUAGAAUUCAGUCAACCCUUUUUUGUGUCUCCAGAUGGACAAAUAAAUUGAGGGUAGUAAAAUCAGGGCAAAGAAGUGGCCAACAAGACAACUGAGAAUAUCUGGCUCAUGUUCAGUGUCAUUAUAUGCAGAUGAUGUGGCUUUUUAAAUGGGACAUGUAGGAAUUUACAGCACGACAGAUUCUGCAGCAUGAUGGAUUCUGUGGUGUGAUGGAAUUUACAGUGUGAGUCAGCAAGGCUGCAAAUUUCACUGCGUGAUGGACCUUACAAGGCUUUUAAUUUUGCAGUGUGAUGGAUUGUUCAAUGCACAACGUUGCUUGCUAAGUGACCGGUUCUGUCAUAAGAAAUUAACUACUGUGUGACAGAUUUUAUGGCACGAUGGAAAUUAAAGCUGGAACUCUGCAUUGCGAUAGAUUCUAGACAGUCCCUGUAUCGGUGUGACAGAAUGUACGACAGACUCUACAGAUUUUCUUGCAGCAUGGAUUGUACACUAUAAUGGGCUCUGCAGUGCAAUGGACUCUAUGGGAUAUGGCUCUUCCAAAGUGAUGGACUUUACAGCGCAAUGGAUUUUACAGUGUGGAUGCCUGCUUUCCCUCAGAGUUUUAAAUGUAAAUAAUGGACUGAAAUGUAGAGUCCAGAGUCUUGGAAACUAUGAGCUGGACACAAAAACGCUGGAAAACUACACCUAUAGGACCUUUUGAGGGGGCCAUCUCCAAAGUCCAGAUAAAUCUUUGGAGAAGCAACUUUUAAGAAUUUUGGAAAAGAACUUCAAAUGAAUCAUAAUGAACUUUUCUGUCUGGUGUGGUGAUCCUCUGUCCUGUUGACAGACUUUUUGAAGUUAUUCUUCUUCUGUUAGAUCCGGCUUUGAUGUUAAUAAUGAGCCAUAUAUGAAUUAAUGGGCCUGCCUGCUUCUAUACACUGUGUGUCCAGUGUGUGUGUGUGCGCGUGUGUGAUGAAGAUGAUGAUGAAGAUAACAGCAGCCGCAGUGGUGGUGAUGACUGCUGUGCCAGUCAUGAUGAUUAAAAUUAUGAUAAUUGAAAUUAUUAUGAUCAUAAUCAUAACAAUGAUAGAUUUUAUGAUGAUGGCAAGUCACUAAUGAUAAUUGCUGAUGUGAAAAAGCUAAUUAGUAUUAUUAUAAUUAUUAUGCUAAUUAUUCAGUGCAUUUUGAACCUGUGUUGUCCCGUCAGGGAAAUUUGGUUUACAGACAUAAAACACACAAUGAAUCUGUCCCAUGUACAAUAAAUACUGGAAAUUAUACAAAUAUGGUACUUAAAAUUAAAAUGUGAAAACUUAAGAUGUUGAAGUAGAUGAAAAGGGUGGUGAGAUAAUAAUGACGAUGACUUAGGACCAAACUGUGACGGAAACGGAAAGUCGUAGAGCAGAGUUUAAUCCUACUUCCUGUUUGCACUGCUGUGGUUUCCUGUGUUUUCUGAUUGGACGAUAUUAAAAUGGUUAACCUUG